AUGGUCGACGAGGAUCCAGAAGAUAUACACGAGAGAGACAACGCAGAGACCCAGUAUUCUACACAAAGUAUUCAAGAUGCUAUCCUUCCCUAUGAUGAGUCAAAGGCACUUCAGCAACCAACAUUCCGCGAACCGCCGCGCUUCAAACAGGUUGAACUCGACACCGCAUCGGACGGUCUGCCGGCAGUAUUCUCUCCCCAGCGUCGAGGAGAAAAAUACAUAGCUGGAGGGCUUGCCGCUGAGCUCCAAGGAUGGCUGUCUGACGUAAAAGGCUGGGAAGGUGCAGUGCCAGCCCCUGCUUUGAGCAUCAACGUGACAGUUGAGGAAGCCCGAGCAGGUCGGCGUAUGUACUUGGUCAAAGGUCGCUCCGGCACGUCCGAAGCAAAGAGGUUCUUACUUGCUGGUGAGGCCAGACUGACGGGCCUAGGAAAGAGGAUGCCUAUGAGUGUUGGCAGUGUCGUUGAGGUGGGGCAGCCAGUGUGGGAUAUUGAGAUGAAGGGAGAGAUUUGGACGGUGGCGUGCGACUGGAGAGUAUCUUGA